CUGCGCAACAUAGGACGAGUCUACUUUCUUUUGGGAAAUCACACUCAGGCUGUCGAGUACCUAGAGAAAGCCAUAAAAGGCAAUCCAAAUGAUCCUGUAAGGUUCUUCAAUCAAAGUAACAACAUGAAAAAAUCAUACUAUUGGUUAGCUCGUGCUAUCUACCAUUUGGAUACCGAUUUGUUCAAUCCUUGUGAAAAAGCUCGUGAUCUUCUCAUGCAGGCUCCUUCUCUAAAUAAUUCCGUUGAGCUGAUCGUAUUUCUGGCCAAAUUAAUGGCUGAACUGGGAGACACAACAGCGGCAAUCCAGGCUUAUGAACGAGCACUGCAGCUAGAGCCUGAGAAUCUUGAUGUGAUGUUCAAAAUGGGCAUGCUUUACUUACGCAACAAUAACGAGGAUCCAGCUUUUGCUAUGUUUGGAAAAGCUCUCAGUUACGAUUCUACACAUCAGCAGUGGCGUAAUUGUAAAGCAUUCAAACCGUUUUGGGUUCACUUUUGUGCGAAGUAUAAAGCACACAAAGAUGUAUUUACUUUAAGAGAAGUUUUUAAGAGCAUUUUGGCAGCUGGUUCCAUAAUGCAAGCACAUGGCGAUCAUGAUGUGGCCUUGAAUAAAUACAGGGUAGCAGCAGAUGCGUGUGAUUACAAUGGUUGUUUGUGGAACAACAUAGGCGUAUGCCUUCUUGCUAAAGGUCGCUUAGCACAAGCACAUUCUUGUCUUAAAAAAGCCUCCUUCAUUUGCCCACUGGACUACAAGUACGUUGUUUCUUUGCUUGAAAUGGUCAAAAAUCAAAUGCUUGACAAAUCUUAUACCAGUAUCCCACAACUGAUUAGUCGCAAUUGGUGCCCCACUGAUUACAAUCGAAUGCUGAAACAGCAUCGCUUUGUGUUGUAGAA